ACCGGGUGUGACGUCAUCGCCCUGCACAUGGUAUGAGGGGCUGGAGGUCUCUUGCGUCUCUCAGUCGUGUUCUCUCAACCAUCCAGAUCCUACACGUACGCAAAAUGCCCUUCUACGCUGUUGCCAGGGGCCAUAAACCAGGGAUAUACGAGUCGUGGCCAGAAUGUCAAAAACAAAUUAAUGGUUUUCACUGCGCUCGCUACAAGAAGUUCUCAACCAAGGACGAAGCGGAGGAAUUUGUGCAGGAAAAUGCUGCCUCAAAUCCUGUGGUAGAUCGUCGUGAGAAACCGGCAACUGAGAGAGAGAAUAAGGGGAGCGAAAAAGAGAAGGCAUCUGAGCCUAGUCGCCAGUUGGAUCCAGCCCUCAACGAGAUGAAGAACAAAAUGAAGAGAUUACAGAAAGAAUUGUCAGUGCUGAGGUCAGAGUUUGACGAUUAUGUGGCCACCACAUGUGGUGUUCACCCAAAGUUCUCUCGGAAAAACAGCUCACUUAAACCUUCCUUCGCAGCUGACAAGAGGAAGCGAGAUGAUUCUUCUGAUUCAGACGAAGACUCCAACGGACCAUCUGUUGUCAAGAAGCUCAACACAGGCGACUCUGGCGGAAGUGACAAGACAAAAUUCUCCACCGAUUCUGACGGAUUCCUCAUAGUUUACACUGACGGGGCGUGUGAAUUCAACGGGAGAAAUGGAGCCAAAGCUGGUGUUGGUGUGUACUUUGGAAAAGAUCAUCCACUCAAUGUAAGUGAACCAGUAAAGGGAAGAGCAACCAACAACACAGCUGAGAUUCAGGCUGCCUCCUUUGCCCUGGAGUUGGCAAAAGCUUCAGGAUUCAGCAAAGUGUCAAUUCACACAGACUCUCAGUUCAUGAUUAACUGUAUGACCUCCUGGCUCAAGAACUGGAAGAAAAAGAACUGGGUGAAGAGUGAUGGAGAACCAGUCAAGAACAAGGAAGACCUAAUAGCUCUGGAUGCAGCCUCUGAGGAUUUGGCUGUCAAGUGGGUGCACGUGAAGGGUCAUGCAGGCCAUGAGGGUAAUGAGAUCGCCGACAAGCUGGCGAGACAGGGUGCCAAGCUGUACAAGGCCGACCCUGAUGCUUGAGUUGCACACACACACUGUACUGUACUGGCUUUAAAGACUUUGUGAUUGUACAGUGUUGGCAAGUCGGGAAAAUUGAACCAGUGAUGUGUCCGUGUGUUGACUGCUGGACAGAAUUUUUUUGUUUUGUAAAGUUCUUUUGUGAGAAGAAAGAACAGAUUCUGUAUGAAAGCUUCUUUUACAAGGUAGAACACAUUUAUAAUCUUUUAGUACAAUGAAUAAUAUUUUUAGGCUACUGUACAAUAUGUUUAUGAACAACAGAAUCUCUCACAAUAUCUGGACUACAUUGGAUAUUUAGUUUCUGUAGACAUGUCUCUCAUUAACUUCACCUAUUUGGUACCAUAAGUUUUUUUUUUCUCCAUAUUUUCACAAAAGUUUGGAUGGGCAAAUUUUUUCAAAGGAAAUAUAUUUAUGAAGUUUUGUAUUUAACCUGUUAUUGGUUGUUUUAAAGUCUGUUUUCAUUAGUUAUUUUGUGUUAAUAGUCUUACAUUUAAAUACUGUACUGUACUAUGUCACUGUCCUGCAGAAAGAUUACAGUAUAUCACUAACUUUGGUAUUAUUGGUCAGGGCAGACUAAGCUAUACUAUGGGUAACUUUUUUUUUUUUUUUAAUCAAUUCUAUUUUCGUUGAUUUCAUUUUAAUAUUCAUACAUAUAACUCGGUGUCGUCGUCCUUCAUAACGCUGGGAAUAAUUGGCCAGAUAAACUACUGACUGUUUCAUUUGCCAUUGUUAACUUUUGAUACAUUUGUUUUAUAAUCUGAACAUAAUAACUCUUCAUUCUUGGUGUGAACUCUCAGGAUAUUGCCUAGUUUCAUAUUGCUACAGAAUUAAGAAUAAAUUAUACUAAAAUCUC